UGACGUGACGCGUUUAACGUAAUCAGCUGUUGGGUUGUGGGUGAAAAGGAAGCAUUUUAUUUUACUAUUGAAAAUUGAAGAAAUAAAAUGCAAGAUUUGAGGAAAGCAGACUCGUUGCGUCUUCCAAAUGGCGACGGUGCAACAGCCAACGAUGAAGUCAAGUCUCCGUUCCUAAUUGGCGUGGCCGGCGGUACCGCGAGCGGCAAGUCUACCGUCUGCAAAAAAAUCAUGGAACAACUGGGCCAAGCGGAAAUGGAUCACACGCAGCGCCAGGUGGUGUCAAUCAGCCAGGACAGCUUCUAUCGGGAACUGACACCCGCCGAGAAGGCUAAGGCUCAGAAGGGUCUUUUCAACUUUGACCAUCCGGAUGCCUUCAAUGAGGAACUUAUGUUUAGUACGCUACAGAAUAUCCUGAAAGGUCACAAAGUAGAAAUACCCAGCUACGAUUAUCGCACCAACUCGCUCGACUUUGAAAACGUUCUGGUUAUCUACCCAGCUGAUGUCGUCUUAUUCGAAGGAAUCCUGGUAUUUUAUUUCCCAAAGAUACGUGACCUGUUCCAUAUGAAGCUUUUCGUGGACACAGACUCCGAUACCAGAUUGGCGAGGAGAGUGCCACGUGAUAUUAACGAGCGUGGUCGGGAUCUGGACGCAGUGCUCACCCAGUAUAUGACCUUUGUAAAGCCCGCUUUUGAGGAAUUCUGCUCGCCUACUAAAAAGUUUGCUGACGUUAUCAUACCACGAGGCGCCGACAAUACAGUUGCCAUUGAUCUUAUUGUACACCAUAUCGGGGAGAUUCUCGCCACCACCAACAGCGCACAGCACAGCAACACAGUCAGGGUGGCGGCGUCUAGCAUGAAGCGAGAUCACUAAACGCAAAAAUAAACUCGCUUCUGGGGCGGCCACUUCCUCGUCCUAACGCCGCGUCUUGAGCUUGUACUAAUUGCCAAAAAACUAAAGUCCAAAAGCUAAAGAAAGUUAAAGAAACCCGAGCGCCGGCAUCGCUUCUCAUUUGGUCUUCUCAUCACCGAUUAACGUAGUCCUAAGAUAGAAAAGUAUCUUUAAUAUUUACUCUUGCAUAUGUUCAAUAAUACAUGGUAGUGUGUAUGUAAGCUCGUUUCUGUUCAUCAAGAUAACCCAACCUGCGAUUACGAUCCCAGUCUAACUAUGGCCUUAAGUUAUAGAAAAAUAUUACAGUUAAAAGUUAUCUCUUGGUCUAACCUGGUGCCUAGGCCCGAACUGGCUUCCUUUCGAGAUUUUAAGCACUCUACUCACAAAAAUUACACAUUUUACACAUCUAACUAUUGUAUCUAUGUUUCAAUGCCCGAUACUUUGCUAACCAUUUUUGCCAAUUUAUAUUUCAUGGAUGCUAUUAUGAUACCAUUUUUAAGCUGCUUAUCUAUAUGUACUUAAGAGUAUUUUGUAAAAACGUUUGACUUGGUCGUUUUUUUCUAAUUGUAUUGUAAGUAGGACCUUUAAAGGUUGUUUUUCCACAUAGUGUUUUAAUAUAUUUUAGUGCUAACUAAUAAUUAAAAUCAUUUCUGACGCUCAUCUUUGCAAGGUUACAAAUUUAUUUUGUAACAUAUAUUCUAUUUAAUAAACAAGUCACUAAAAAGUUCAUACAAUUUAGAGUUGUCAGUUUCCAAAAAUCCUAUCCCUUCAUAAUCUUUUAGAACUACUUGUAGUAUAAAUAUAUUAUAUCCGAAUAAGCAAUCUAUUUGAAAGCAAUAAGAAUCCUCUAAAGUAAUGAUCUUUUAAAUCAAAUAAGUUUCUUGUAAGGAUAUUUUAAUCCAUUUUUCCUAAGUACCGGGCAUCUGAAAAGUCGUAAACUGCGACUUUAAUUUUAUCAAACCGUGUUUUCUAUAAACACUUUAAUGCAGUCUCAAAUAUACAAAAGCAAGACAGACCAUUGCCAAGCAAGGAGUAAA